AUGUCAUCCCCGGGUCAGUUGAGUGUUCUUCAUAAAUUCAAGGGGAUCCUCUUUUCCACUGCAUCUUCAAAGGAACUUCUUAAUUCCUUGGAUUCUUUUGAUGCAAAAGAAGAUGAUGUGUUUCUGGUUUCCUAUCCCAAAUCUGGCACUCACUGGGUUGCAGAAGUCAUUGAGAACAUUCCCAAUGCAAGAAUAACUAUAACAUCUCCUAUUGAAUUGGGAGACAUUUCUAAAUUUGAAGAGCUCAAACUGUAUUCUAAGAGAAGAGUAAUUCCCACCCAUUUGAGCUAUGACAUGCUGCCAGUGAAUAUUAAACAAAAGCAGUGCAAGAUUAUCUACGUCAUUAGAAAUCCAAAAGAUACAGCUGUUUCACUCUUCCACUACUACAGAGAUAACCCCAAUCUCCCUCACAUCGAAACAUGGGCUGCAUUCUUGGAGCUGUUCCUCAGAGGAGAUGUUGUGUAUGGAUCCUGGUUUGAUCAUGUUUUAAGCUGGGAAGAGCACAAAAAUGAUAACACUCUAAUUAUAUUCUAUGAAGAAAUGAAGAAAGAUUUUUCUAAAAGUUUAAAGAAAAUAACUACUUUCCUUGGUAUACAUGUGAAUGACAGUGAAAUUAAUAAGAUUGCUUGGAAAACAUCCUUCAGUGAAAUGAAAAAUAAUACAGUCAAAGAAAACCAUGAUCCAAAUCAUACCAUCUGUGCCCUCACAUCUGAGAGGAGCCUGGUAUUUAGAAAAGGAGUGGUGGGUGAUUGGAUAAACUACUUUACUUCAAAGCAGAAGAGAGUAUUUGAUGAACUAUUCACAGAGAAAAUGAAACACAGUGAACUGGCAAGACACUUGAAGGACUACUCUUAG